AUGCUGUGUGCUUGUCAUGCUGAGUAUGACUACGAUGAGGACUUCCCGGCCGAGGAUGAGGCGGAGGAGCCCGUCACCGCCCCGGAGCCGGAGCCGGAGCCCGAGCCCGAGCCCGAGCCCGAGCCUUCCCCCUCGCCGUCGCCGGAGCCCGAGGAGCCGGUUGCCAUCCCGGACUACCUGGUGGCCAUUGAGGACGCCAUCACGCCGGCCAUGCGGAUGCUGCAGCGCCUGGAGACCGAGGUGUUCGGGCCGCUGCAGGCGGCUGGCUCGUCGCUGGACGAGGCCACGGCGGCCGUGCUGGCCGGCGCGGCGGACCAGCUGUUCGAGGCGCGCGUGACCCUGUCGGCCGACCGGGACGCCGUGAAGGCCACCGUGGCGCAGACGGUGGUGCCGAAGCGGGUGGCCGCCAAGCAGAGCCUGGGGCCGCUGCUGGCCGGCCUGCCCCGUGAUGGGGAGGUCGCCGAGGCGCUGGACCAGCUGGCCGGCCUGUGCGCCGAGGAGCAGCUCGCUGCCCCGGUGGACCUGGACAUGCUGAUGGACCUGCAGGCCAAGCUGGAGGGGUAUCUGGAGUCGACCGACGGCGAGGAGGCCGGCGAGGCGCUGGAGCAGCUCCGCAUCGCCGAGGCCGAGCAGGUUGCCUGGGACGAGUACCGGCGGUUCCUGAAGAUCUGCGGCGAGCUGCUCAACCGGCUGGUGGGCACCGGCGAGGCGGCCAAUGUGUCGCUGGCGGCCGGGGCCUCGCUGCGCACCAUUCAGAAGGUGCUGGCGGACUACCAUGCCGCGCAGCAGGGCCCGAAGAAGUCCCGCGGCAAGGACAGCGGCCGUGAUGACCGCCGCGCGCGCCGUGCCCGCAUGAAGGAGGCCACCAUCGAGCGUCGUCAGGUGGAGGAGACUCAGCCGGUAUGUGUGGCUUGGUUAUGGCGGGGGGGGGGGGGCGAUCCGUUUGCGGGCUUUUUUUUUCUCCUGUCUUCCUGUGGCCGCUUUGCUUUCUGA